AUGCAUCCUUCAAGACAGGCGUAUGUGGAGGAGGCCAAAGAAGAUACAGGUAUAGAUCUCGCAGAUGUCCCCCUCGACCGCGACUAUGACAUGCCCUCUGCAACGGCAGGUAUUGCCCCCGAGCGCGCCAGCGCAAUUCUUUCUCAAUUCGAUCGCAAACGUCGUGCAGCUGCUAUAGCGGUGCCUACUGAUGAUGGACGCGUGCGCGCACGACUUCGAGAAAUGGGGGAACCUGUUACGUUGUUUGGGGAAGGACCGGGUGAUAGGAGAGAUCGGUUGCGACAGCUUUUGACGAUUGAGAGUGAGAUGAAGGCGGAAGAGAAUGGGGAGGUUGACGAUGGUGAUGUGGAGAUGGGAGAGGGGAAUAAGGAUGAGGAAGCGGAGGAGGAAUUUUAUACGAGGGGUACGAAGGAAUUACUAGAUGCGAGGAUAGAUAUUGCGAAGUUUUCGUUGCCGAGGGCGAAGAAGAGGAUUGAGAUUCAGAGAAUUGAGAAGGACAUUCCGUUGAGGACUCAUAUUAAAUUUAGACAAGGUAUCAAGGAGAGACUAAAGGAUUUCGAGCUUCAGGGAAGUCAAACGGCUGGAGAGAGACCAGUUAGUGUUGUGAGGAUUUCGCCCAAUGGAGAAUUGGUCGCUGCAGGCAAUUGGGGAGGUGGGAUUAAAGUGCUUGGGAUACCAGAUUUGGAAGUUAAGAAGUCGCUUAGAGGGCAUACAGAUAGGGUGGGUGGAAUUUCAUGGGCACCAGGUGCUACUAUAGAGGGAUCCAAUGUCUCGCCUGGUAGUGUCAAUUUAGCAUCAGGAGGAGCAGAAGGAAAGGUUCACCUAUGGAACCUGGAGCAAGAUACACCUGUUUCGACAUUGGCGGGACACAACCAGAGAGUUUGCCGAGUGGAAUUUCAUCCAUCAGGUAAAUACGUCGCAUCUGCAUCCGAGGAUACAACAUGGAGAUUAUGGGACGUUGAAAGCACGACCGAACUUUUACUUCAAGAAGGCCAUUCAAGAGGAGUAUUCUGUCUUAAUUUCAACGGCGAUGGAUCACUUCUAGCAAGUGCAGGUAUGGAUAGUAUAGGACGUAUCUGGGAUCUGCGAACCGGUCGUACAGUUAUGAUACUAGAUGGACACAUUCGACCCAUCUACGCACUCGACUGGUCCACCGAUGGCCAUCGCGUUUUAUCCGGAUCUGGGGAUGGAUGGAUCAAAUGCUGGGAUGUGAGGAAAGUCGCCAGUACGGGCGGAGUAGGUGCACAUCGUAGCGUAGUAUCUGAUUUGAGAUGGUUCAAAGGCACAGAUGCGAUGUCUCCCCCGGAAAAAGAUGAGAAAGGUAUAGUGCAACCGAGGAAGACAGGAACAUUCUUCGUCUCAUGUGGCUUCGAUAAGGAUGUUAAUAUCUUUUCUGCGGAUGAUUGGGCUUUGGUGCAGAGUUUGAGUGGUCAUACGGGUAAUGUGCAUAGUUGUGAUGUAGGGGCAGAUGGAAAAUGGAUCGUUAGUGGUGGGUAUGAUAGAACGGUUAAACUAUGGGGAAGAAAUAAUGGAGAGGGGAUUUAA